GUAAACCUCAGCUCAGCUGUGUGUGUUCUUCUUCUCUUCGAUUACGUUUUGCUGUUUCCCAAAUCCAAUCCUAAUUGGAUUCUAAAAUAAAAUAACAUUGAAAUUAUCUCCUAUCUAUUUACUUUCUUACUACCUCUGACUUCUCCUACCCGGCUUCCGAUAUCGACUUUAUUACUCAGAAGACACUAGUUCCUUCAAAAUCAUGCCAUCAAUGCUUCAUCUUUCUAUUCUCAACUACAAAUAGAAUCGUCAUUUUUAGUAUCUUUCAACCCCACCAACCCUUCUUUAGGGCUUCACGUUACUUGUAUUUAUUUAUUUUUUUUUGUGUCUCUUUUCUCAUUCAAUCCAUCAUUCUUCUGCAAAAUAUCAACAUGCAUUCUCCAAGGAUGAAUCAUGUUCCACUCAGAAGAAGCUUUGAUCAAAUGAGCUCUUCAACCCCACUUGAUAAGGGCUCCCAUGGUCUUGAUCAUGCUGUUGAUGACACUUCCUCUUCUACCAGUGCCAACAAUUUCAACCCCAGAAAGUAUCAAUUGCAGGUAUUUGAAGUUGCCAAGAAGAGGAACACAAUAGCAGUUUUAGAGACAGGAGCUGGGAAGACUAUGAUAGCUGUAAUGCUGAUAAAAGACAUUGCACAAACUAUCAAGUCUAAUGGUCAUAGGAAACUGAUUAUUUUCUUGGCUCCAACUGUUCACCUUGUUCAUCAGCAAUACGAUGUCAUUAAGAUUAAUACUGAUUGUAAAGUGGAAGAAUACUAUGGAUCCAAAGGAGUUGAUGAAUGGACUUUGGACUGCUGGGAGAAAGAAUAUGAUCAAAAUGAUGUAUUGGUUAUGACCCCACAAAUCCUCUUGGAUGUGUUGAGGAAGGCAUUCCUGAGGCUAGAGAUGGUAUGCUUCAUCAUAAUAGAUGAGUGCCAUCAUGCUACUAAAAAUCAUCCUUACGCAAGGGUUAUGAAGGAAUUUUAUCACAAAUCUAAUAGCAAGCCAAAGGUUUUUGGAAUGACAGCAUCACCUGUGGUGAGAAAAGGCGUCUCAUCAGCGAUGGAUUGUGAGGGACAAAUCUCAGAACUCGAAAGCAUCUUGGAUUCUCAGGUUUAUACCAUUGGGGACAGGACAGAGAUGGAAGUAUAUGUUCCCUCUGCGGUCGGAAGUUGUAGAUUUUAUGACCAAUCAAGCUUUGAUAGUUUGGAUUUGACAGAAAAAUUGGAAAUCUCAUGCUCUAAGUUUGAUGCCUCACUAUCAAAGUUGCAAGGAUCAGUGCAAAAUUCUUACAAAGAUAUGGAUGAUAAGCAUAAAACACUUAGAAAGCAGCUGUCCAAUUAUCAUGCAAAGAUCUUAUAUUGCCUAGAUGAACUUGGCCUUAUAUGUGCUUAUGAGGCUGUUAAAGUCUGUCUGGAGAAUGUCCCAAAAGUCCAAGACGAGUGUGAAAUUUACAGAGAAAGUUCAUUGCAAUGCAAAUAUUUUCUUGAGGAAAUAUUGUGUAUAAUUGGGGGAUCUUUGCCUCUGGGUGAAAAAAAUUUUUUGGAUUUUGGUUUUGACUAUACAAAGGCAGUAGAUUUGGGUUACAUAUCUCCAAAAUUGCAUGAACUUCUUCAACUCUUCCUAUCUUUUGGAGGGGCUACACAAGUAUUAUGCCUCAUUUUUGUGGAAAGAAUUAUCGCAGCUAAAGUGGUUGAAAGGUUUGUGAAGAAAGUAAAUUGUUUGGCUCAUUUCACUGUUUCAUAUUUGACUGGAAGUAAUACAUCAGUCGAUUCUCUGGCACCAAAAAUGCAGAAAGAAAUCUUGGAAUCAUUUAGGAGUGGAAAGGUCAAUCUAUUGUUUGCUACUGAUGUCGUUGAGGAGGGGAUUCAUGUACCAAACUGCUCUUGUGUUAUCCGUUUUGACCUGCCAAAGACUGUCCGUAGUUAUGUUCAGUCUCGCGGACGAGCUCGGCAAAAUAACUCCCAGUUCAUCUUGAUGCUUGAGCGGGGAAACAUUAAACAAAGGGAUAGACUUUUUGAUGUCAUUAGGAGUGAACAAUCAAUGGCGGAUACAACUGUGAGUAGAGACCCUGAUUCCUGUGUUCUGAAAGCAUGUACCUUGGGGACAAUGAAUGCCUAUGUUGUGGAUAUAACUGGAGCAUCAGUAACUGCAGACUCCAGUGUCAGUCUCAUACAUCGAUACUGUGAAAAGCUCCCUAGUGACAAGUACUACACACCAAAGCCAAUCUUUAAGUACAAAUCUUUUGACGAGUCUUAUGAGUGUGAAAUGACGCUACCUUCAAAUGCACCUUUCCAAACAAUUGUUGGUCCUCCAAGUAGAAAUAAAAACUUAUCAAAGCAGCUUGUGUGCUUGGAAGCAUGUAAAAAGCUGCAUCAAAUGGGAGCUCUGAAUGAUCAUCUUCUCCCCUUCAUUGAAGAACCUUUUGAAAGCAAUCUCAUUGUUAAAAAGAAUCCAGGUGCAGGAACAACGAAAAGGAAGGAACUGCAUGGGACAAAUCCUAUUCGUGCAUUAUCUGGAAGCUGGGGAGAAAAAGUUGAUGGUGUUGUUUUACAUGCCUAUAAAUUUUACUUCUCCUGUAAUAUUGCUAGUGAGAUUUACUCCGGAUUUAUGUUUUUGACUGAGUCAAAACUUGAUGAUGAUGUGGGAAAUUUUGAAUUGGAGCUAUAUUUGGUCUCUAAGGUGGUUAAGGCUACUGUUUCAUCAUGUGGGAAAGUGCAUUUGGAUGCAGAACAGAUGACCAAAGCAAAGUGCUUUCAGGAAUUUUUCUUCAAUGGCUUAUUUGGAAGGUUGUUUGUUAAAUCCAAAUCAUCUGGAAAAAAUAGAGAAUUUUUACUUCAGAGAGAAACAAAAUCACUGUGGAAUCCAUCAAACAUGUAUUUGCUUCUACCAUUGGAGAUAUUGGGCAUUUCUGGUAUGGAAUCUUGGAGAAUAAACUGGACUGGAAUUAAUGCAUGUGCUGCUGUGGUAGAAUCUUUAAAGGAAAACUCUUAUUUGGGUGCUAAUCAUUCCAAUGGUUACGAAGGAAAUUUGUCACCUCAUAGGACUGACUCCUCUCAGAAAGAAUGCAACAUUGAAGAUAUAAUCCAUUUUGCUAAUUGUUCUGUUGAUGCAAAAGAUCUCAAGAAUAGGGUAGUACUAGCUAUCCAUACUGGAAGAAUCUACUCUACGGUUGAAGUGGUUUGCAAUACAUCUGCAGAGAGUCCUUUUGAUGGAACUGCUGAUGGUGCCCCAUCAGUGUAUACAACCUUCACGGACUACUUCCGUAAAAAGUAUGGGAUUGUGCUGAAACAUCCAGGGCAGCCGUUGUUGCGGUUGAAGCAGAGUCAUAAUGCACACAACCUUCUUGUGAAUUUUAAUGAAGAAGGUGGCUCUGGCAAGGCAUCACAAGCUAAAAAGGCACAGAUUCAUAUUCACAUGCCAUCUGAGCUUCUGAUCACUGUUGAUGUUCCAAUCAAUGUCAUAAAAUCAUUUUACCUACUCCCAUCAUUAAUGCAACGGCUGGAGUCCCUGAUGUUGGCCAGCCAACUUAGAGAUGAGAUUGAUUGCAGUUCCCUUCAUAUACCAAGUUCCUUGAUUUUGGAAGCACUUACGACGCUUAGAUGCUGUGAAAAAUUUUCUAUGGAGCGGUUGGAAUUGCUUGGUGAUUCAGUUUUAAAGUAUGCUAUAAGCUGCCACCUCUUUCUUACAUAUCCAAAAAAGCAUGAAGGCCAAUUGUCUGGUAGGCGUCAAUCAGUUAUUUGUAACUCAACCUUGCAUAAAUUCGGAACAGAUCGCAAGUUACAGGGAUACAUACGGGACAGCGCAUUUGAUGCCCGUCGUUGGGCUGCUCCAGGACAGCUUUCUGUAUUCCCUGUUCCUUGUGAAUGUGGGGUGGAUACUUUAGAAGUACCAUUGGAAGGGGAUUUUUUUUCUGAUGACACAAAAGUUGUGGUGGGGAAGCUAUGUGACAAGGGUCACAGAUGGAUGGGUUCAAAAACGAUAUCUGAUUGUGUUGAAGCCCUCAUCGGAGCAUAUUACGUUGGCGGAGGAUUGGUUGCUGCACUUCAUGUGAUGAAAUGGCUUGGUAUUGAUGCUAACAUUGAGCCCUCAUUAAUAGUUGAAGCCAUUACUUGUGCAUCUGUCCGAUCAUAUGUUCCCAAAACCAAUGAGAUCAAGGAUAUAGAGAAUAAGGUUGGAUAUGAAUUUUCUGUCAAGUUUCUGUUACAGGAGGCCAUUACACAUGCAUCCGUAAAUGAGUUCUACUGUUAUCAGAGGCUUGAAUUUCUUGGAGAUGCUGUUCUGGACUUGCUUAUCACCUGGCAUCUUUAUCAGAGCCAUAGAGAUAUUGAUCCUGGCGAGUUGACUGAUUUACGCUCAGCCUCUGUUAAUAAUGAAAAUUUUGCUCAAGUUGCAGUGCGAAAUAACCUGUAUAAGCAUCUUCAGCAUUCUUCUACUCUACUCUUAAGCCAAAUAACAGAAUAUGUGAAGUCUUUUCCCGAACUCAGUGACACAAUUAGUUCAGGCCCCACCACAAAAGCUCCAAAGGCUCUAGGAGACUUGGUGGAAAGUAUUGUUGGUGCAAUAUUGAUUGACAGCAAGCUUAAUCUUGAUGAAGUGUGGAGAAUAUGUAAACCAUUAUUGUCUCCAAUCGUGACCCCUGAUAAACUUGAACUCCCUCCACUGCGUGAACUGAACGAAUUGUGCGACUCUCUAGGAUACUUUAUUAACACAAAAUGUGCUCACAAGGGGGAAAUGGUGCAGGCAGAGUUGAGAUUGCAAUUGGAAGACACUCUUCUGGUUGGACAAGGGCUGGAGAGGAGCGCAAAAGCUGCAAAAGGAAAUGCAGCUUCACAGUUGUUGAAGCAACUUGAGACUAGAGGAAUUCGCAAAGGUGUAUCCAAAACAAGGAGACUGAGCCCUGAUCAUUGUGAUGAUUCAUCUUGUCUCCACUUGGAUAAUAAAGUCAGCGGGCAGACAUCUGAUGAAUAUUUGCCAGAACAAGCAGCCUGUAAAAAGCUCAAGGGAUCUGAAAUUCAAAACCCUGUCUGUGACUCUUCCAAAAAAGCCUGCAGUUCCACCAAUGCAACCCCAAUUAUUGCACCUAUCAACAUGAAGAAAGGAGGGCCUCGAACCUCACUUUUCCAACUUUGCAAGACUAUGCUAUGGCCAAUGCCCACAUUUGAUACCACAGAACAUAAAUCAAGGACUCCCAUGAUAUUUGAUGAAAUUUCUGGGAAGAGAGAGGGAUUUAACAGUUUUAUUUCAAAAAUCACUCUGCAUAUACCAGGAUCUGGCAAUAUUGAGUGCACAGGAGAUCCCAGAGCUGAUAAGAAAAGUUCAUUUGAUUCUGCCGCACUACUCAUGCUCAACAGUUUUGAACGAGAGGGUAAAAUCAUCAUAAGUGAUUCCUAAAUUCUACCAGUAUCAAAAUUUGUUUCAAUUAUUAUCGCAACAAAUAAUAGAUGGUGAUAUUUUUUCAUUGAUCGCCAUCUUUAUUUGUCACCUAACUUAAAGUAGAGCAAUGAGGAAACAUGUUGGUGACUUGUCCAGUAAUUUAUUGGCCAUGAACCUAGCGUGAGAAUAGAAGCUUUAUGUGCAGAGACUAACUUAAAGCAUCAUCCUCCAUUUUAUUUUGUACACAAACCUUUCAUGCCCUUUAAUGAAGGUGUACAGUGAACUGGGUUCUAUAUUAUCAAAUAAUAAACUUCUGCAGAUGAUUAUCAGUGAUCA